AUGGCACCUCAAGAACUCAAAGGCAUUCUCGUCGCGCUCGUCACUCCAUUCACGGACGAUGGCACCAAGAUCCACAAAGGGCGUCUUGAAGCUCACAUCAAUCGCAUGAUCGAGGCGGGCGUACACGGUCUUGUUCCUGGAGGAACAACGGGAGAAUUCACAGCGAUGACAAUCGAGGAGAGGAAACAAGUCACAGAGCUCUGCGUCAAGUACUCAGCAGGCCGAAUUCCCGUUGUUGCUGGUGCAGGCGCCCUUUCUACCAAGGACUGCGUCGAACUUGCUGUGCAUGCUGCGAAGGUCCGUGCAGCAGCCACCGUGAUUGUUCCUCCAUUCUACGAUCCAGUCAAUUACGAACAGUUCCGCGAUCUGUGCAAGGAGGUCUACGAAGAGUCAAAGAUCCCUAUCGUCUACUACAACAUACCUUCAGCGAGCGGCCUCAUCCUGUCGCCGUCCGAGAUGGCGUCCCUGAAAGACGUCGGUGUACACUACCUGAAGGACACAUCCGGCAACGCACCAGCGCUCACCGAGCUUCUCUUUGAACUAGACGACCGGAUAACUGCCUUUAACGGGUGGGACACACUCACAUUUCUACGGCCUCCAUCAGUCGAGCUUUGGAAUGCUGUCGCAGUUGAAGGAGAUAAUAAGAAGGGUCGUGAGCUGUGGAGGAAGAUCUUCCCCAUCUGCAAGUUCCUCGAGACCUACAACUACCCGUCGGCAAUCAAGUCAGGUAGGGAGCUGCGGGGGUGGGAGACUGGAGGUCUGAGGAAGCCGUUCAAGCUUCCCGGCCAGAAGGAGACUGACGAGAUGUCCCAGAUCAUCUCUGCUUCGGGAGUAGAGGUUCAGAAGGCGGAGUGGCUGUCGAAUGGAGCUUGA